AUGCACCUAAUCAGUUUCCAUCAAGCCCAACACAAUCAGAGAAUCCGUAAUAUACUUAAGCACAGUGCUAUACUUAUAUUUUUAGUAACAUAUUUAUUUAAAAAUGAGCAUAUUUUCGCAGAAGGACAGUAUGUGAGGGUCCCCAUAGAGUCGUGUCCAAAUCACUUUAUUCUGGAAAAUGGUGUUUGUAGUCACUAUAUAGAAGCACAGAAAGUACCAAAAUGUCCAAUAGGAUUUGUAUCACAAGAAGAUGAAUGUUACACAGUUGAGCCUUUAAUAAAGGAAUGUUCUAGUGGAUUUCUAAUGCAAGACAAGCAGUGUGUAAAAGAAACGAUUGUUGAAAAAAAAAUUUUAUGCCCAGAACAUACAUAUUAUGAUUCCAAAACUCAAAAAUGCAUUUAUAAAGAAGUAUUUGAAGCUUCAUGUCCCCAAAGAAGUUUUGAAUUUAAAGGAAAAUGUGUAAUUUCAAAAGAUCCCAUAAAAAUUUGUCCUGACAACUCAGUUUUUGACAUCAAAACCUCAAUGUGUCUAACAAGGAUUACCACACCACCAUUAUAUAACUGUCCUAAUUCCUAUAUUUACAACUCAGAAACUCAUGAAUGUAUUAGACAAGUUGAAGCACAAAAGGUUUGUCCUGAUCAAUAUCAAGAAAUAGAUCAUUUGUACUGUGGUAUCUGGUUAAAACCCAAGUAUACUUGUCCUAUUAAUGAAGAUUAUGAAUUCCAUGAAGAAGAAAUGCAUUGUAAAAUUACAAAGUAUCAAAAUUCAACUCUCAUUUGCCCUAUUGGAACUUAUUUCGAUGGCUAUAACUGUAUCUCUGAAAAACAAGUACAUGAGAGAGUCUGUCCUCCAGACUAUACUGAAGGAGAUAAUUACUGCAUUUCUAGCUCAGAUGCAAUUCUAAAUUGCCCCGAAGGAUUCAACAUAUCGAUACAUAAUGGUGUAAAAGUAUGUUCUCAAAUAUUUACAGUUGAUCCUGAUUACUUUUGUCCAGUAGUAGAUAGUGUAUUUGAUUAUGCCUCUGGUAUGUGUAAAAAAGAAACAAUACUACCAAAAAUAUGUCCUGGAGAUUCGCAACUCACCAGUAAUAUGACUUGUACUAGAAAAAUUAAGCAAUUAUGGAACUGUCCACCAGGAACAGAAUAUGACUCUUACUCACAUAUGUGCAUUGAAAAUAUACACUCUGCUCCGAUAUUUAUUUGUCCAAAAGGAACGAUUUUGGAUGAAUCUGAAUCUUUGUGUAUUGGAUAUAGUCAGAAUAUCCUUGUAUGCCCACCAGGAUAUGAUGAAUUAGAGGGGAAUAUAUGUGCCCACUUAGUAGCAGCACAGCGUUCAUGCCCAGAAGGUUUAAAUUUUACAAAUAAUUAUUGUGAAGAAACAAUUAUUAAUAAAGCUGAUCUUAUUUGCCCUGAUGGAGGAAAAUUAAAAGACUCAGUCUGUAUUUAUUCUAAUAUUCAGGAACCUGAAAAGUGUCCACCAGGUUCAUUUGACUCUGGAAACAAUUGCUUAAUAUCUGAACCUCCAAUAAGAUAUUGUAUAGAAGGAUAUGAAGUGGACCCAAGAACAGAGAAAUGCAAGAUUUCUAGCAAAAGACCAGCAGAUACAUUUUGUGAGCAACCAGCAUUUAUGAAUAUGAACGGUAAUUGUGUUUGGACAGAAAUCUCACCUAGAGUGUGUCCUCCUGAGUAUGUAGAGGAUCACAAAAAUCCUCACUUUUGCAAAAAAGAAAUAAGUGCAACUUUAGAGUGUCCAGAAGGAUAUCAACUUAUUAGUAAAAAGUGUAUCCGUGAAAUUUUGUCUGAUAAAGUACUUGCCUGUCCCGAUGGUUAUCAAAUUAGUGAGGCGGAUGAACAGUGCCACAAAAUUGGUAAAAAUGAUCCAAUAUGUCCUACAGGCUUUCUGGAUAGUGGAGAUGAGUGUUUUCGUACUCUGAAACCUAAAUCUCAGUGUAAAAGUAGUUUAGCAAGAGAACAAAAAAAUGGAGAUUGCAUCAAAAUAGAUGUGUCAGAACCAUCCUUAAAGUGUCCAGUUGGAACAACUAUCAGAAAUUCCGAAUGUAUACUUAUAAAACAACUUCCUUUGCAGUAUACUUGUCCUAUUGGUAAGAGAGCAGGAGAUUCUUGUUUUGAAGAAGUUAUUCUUGAUGCACAGUACAGCUGUCCAAAUGGAUCAGAGUUAAAUGCUGCUAAGCGCUGCCAAAAACUAGUGGAAUAUGAUUGUUCUGAGGUUAGCGUAGUAAAUGGUUUAUGUCAUGGAAAUCUUAAUCUUCAGCAUGGAAUACUUUCAUAUGAUAAAGUACAUACAAGUUCAACGUGUUCGCAAGUUGUCCGCACUCCGAAAACUUGUAUUAGAACAGAGGCAUUUCAACCACAAAUAUCAUGUCCAGAAGGAAGUAUUACGAUGGGUAAACAUUGUAUCAAGAAAAAAUACUAUCCAAUGCAGAAAGAGUGCUCAGAUCCAUCAAGAAAAAUUGAUGAAUGUUACUCUGAGGAGAUUUUGCAGAAAGUACCAACAUGUCCAGAUGGGUCGAGCACCACUAGUGAUGGGAAGUGUGCACUUGUACAUAGAGAACCACCAUCAUUAGCAUGUCUGGAAGAGUACCAAAUGGAUGGCGGAAUUUGUAUCCAAAAAGUACCGAAACUAUGUCCGGAAAAUGGAUGUUACGUACAUGAUAUUAUCCAGCCUAUACAAGAAUGUCCAAUAGGCUAUGAAGAUAUUGAUGGGUCUUGUAUAUUUAGAAGUAGCAUCGAACCUAUUUUCCAUUGCAAAUUUGGUGUAUUAACUAAUCCUACUAGGGGGAUAUGUCAUGACAAAAUCCCCAAGGGAUGUAUUGGUAAUUGUGAGGUAGUUCAUCAUGAUUUUCCAAAAUUCAAAUGUAACAAAGAUGAGAUAUUAGACUCAAAUACAAAGGAAUGCAUCCUUAAUCAGUAUGAACCUCAUAAGUUGAAAUGUAACGGACCAUUUAAACUAGUUGGUGAUCAGUGUAUCCACUACACCUCAAAAGUGUGUUCAUCAGAAAAUUGUUCAGUCUCAACAGUAAUUCCAGCUAGAUAUAGAUGUACUAACGGAAAUCUUCUUCCUAAUGGAAUAUGUGAAACAUAUAAAGUAACACCACAUCAAUUAACUUGUCCAGAAAAUUAUGAUCUUCAUGGGGACAAUUGCAUGCAAUUAACAAAGAAAAUUUGUUUAAACAAUGAAUGCGAAAAAAAGAUUGUUUAUUCUCCAAAAAUUGAAUGUCCACCUUAUUAUGAGCUAAAGUCUGGGAAGUGUAUAAGAAAAGUAUCUCACUUACCUCAAACUACCUGUCCUGAAGGAAGUACUGCUUAUAAGUCACACUGUAUUAUAAAUGUAGAGGCAGAAUGUCCCGCAAAAGGAUGCAUUUUAGUUGAUCUCUUUGAGCCAGAGUCGAAGUGUCCAAAUGGAUUUUUGAAAAAAACUGAAUCUCUAAAUAUAACUUGUUACAAAAAUCUUUACAAUUUAGGACUUCUUUCUUGCCCAAAAGGCUCAACUUUAUCUGGGAAUCGAUGUACCAUAUAUAAAGAAAAAGCUUGUCCAGAAGAUAAUUGCUCUAGAAUUUCCCAGUAUCCUCCUGAAUAUGUUUGUCCACCAGGUAGUGAACUAGUUAAUACUUUUUGCAAGAGUAGUCAUAUAGUUCUACCAGAGUUGCACUGCCCAAAUGAAUAUAUAUUAGUCGGUGAUCAAUGUAUGAAAAAAGUGGAAAAGAUCUGCCCACCAAGUGGCUGUUAUCAUCAAACAGUCAUUGAUGCUGAAAUUACAUGCCCAUCAGGAUACAAUUUCUUAGAUAAUACAUGUGUUCGCAAUAAAUUUACAACCCCCACAAAUAAGUGCUCAGAGGGAACAAAUUAUAUCGAUGGAAAAUGUCUUGUGUUCUAUCCAAAGGAGUGCCCUGAAGGUUACUGUGAAAAAGUGAUUGAAAUAGAUCCAAGUAAAAGUUGCCCAACAGGAUUCGUUGACUUAGGGAAUACCUGCCAAAAAAUAGACUAUGCUGCUCACAAACACUUAUGUCCUAAAGGUACACAACAUCGAAAGAACCAUUGCUUAAGAUAUAUAAAGCCUAAAUAUACCUGCCCAAAUGUAAGUUUCUUAAAAUUUACUAUAAUCUAG